AUGCCGCGACGCAGCAAUGGCCGCCCCCGCUGGCGAGCAAUCUCGUCAGCUGAUGUUGCAUCGCGCUCCGAGGCCCAGGCGCCGGUGCGUAUAGUCAAGCUGCAGAACCUCGACAACGAUGUGCUCGUCGUUAUCCAGCGCACCCUUUUCGCCCAAGCGCUUUCGGCGGAUGGCGUGCGUCUCGGCUCGCUUGCCGCGUCGUGCCGGUCAUUGCACGCUGCCCUGGCGCCCGAGCUGCGGCUUCAACGCAAGCACGCAGAGGCCGCGCUGCUUGCGCACUGCCAAAUUACCGCCGAGGAGCUCGACAAGGGAGGCUGUCUGCUCGACCUCUCUGGCUGGUUCGAGAGGUCAGGCGUGCUGAAGACGAUGCUCGGCAGCAUGCUCGCGCAUUGGCGGAGCGGGCAAACCUACUUCAUCACGGCGGCUCAUCGAUAUCACGGCGAGGUAGGCUCGACACGUGUCAGCAGCACGAUCCAGAUCAGUGUGGCGUGGCGUGUGGCGGAGAUCUACCACGCAAAUAUAUCCGCGACUGCCGCGUGCCUGCAAGUCCGCGGAAGCUUCACGGAGCUCUUGAGUCUGCAGUCGGAGCUUUGGCACCACUACACGCCGCCGUACUACGUAGUGACCCAGGGCGGCUCCACUGUGCGAAUGAUGCUCUGA